AUGAAUGCUAUUAAAAAUGCUGGACAGGUACUUGAGAGAACCUCUCAAUACUUAGAUUCCGGGUUGGUGACAAAGCAACCCUCUUGGUAUAAGGUGCUUGCUUACCAUCCACCAAUGUUUAAUAACACCAAAACAGUCAAAAUACAAUUGUUGAAGAAAAUAAAAGAGGAAGAAGACUCACGGUAUAAUGAAAUACUUAAUGUUAACAAAACAAAUGGCUUUUACAAAACAAGAUUAACUCCAAAACAGAUGAAUAAAGAUUUCUUGAAACCGGAGAAACUUCGUUUUGUGGAAGAUGACAUCAGGUCAUUAUUUUAUAGGCAGCAUCCUUGGGAAUUAGCGGAUCCCAAAGUACUAAACGAAAAUGAGCGAAAUUUAAACAUUGGAAAGCUUGACUGGUCUACAAUGAAACAGUACACCAAGAAAUUGGACGGCGAGUCUGUUGUUCAGAGAACUCUUUACCUUGUGAGGGUAGAAAAUACGCCCCUUUAUAAUGCCUAUGAACAAUCAAAAUACGAAUAUUAUAGGUUGAAGAUUGCAGAUGAGACUGAAUCUAGUGUGACUGCCGAGCAGAGUGAGAUGUUUGGAGCAGUAUAUAAUAAAUCGGCAAUCGAAUAUGGAUUCGAUAAAGAAAUGGCAGUGUUGAGCAAGUGGAAGAAGGAUGCAAUUGCAUUAACUAAGGUUAUUGAAGCAAAACGGGCUAAUUCAUCUGCAAGUGGUAGUAAUAUGGGCGAGAAUGAUAACUUGAAGGCUGAAUUUGAAGGUGAAAACGGUGAGAAGGAAGAGGUUCAAGAAGAGUCUACGGAAGAGGAUAUAUUUAGGAAACUAAGUAAAUUUGAUGAGGCGCAAAAUUAG